CUUAAUAUAAACAUAAAUAAAUUAAUGUUACACAACGAUAUAUGGUGAGGGUUAUUACUAUCUUCUUCCUCUCAAAACACAUCUCCUAACCUUAAGCUUUAGACAUGACCAAAACAUUUUUCUCCUUCUCCUUCUUCUUCACCAGCUCUCUUCUCCUUCUCCUCGCGGCAACUUCCGCAACCGCAUCUACAGGGAAUGUUACUAGUGGGUUGAGAUAUGACGGAUGUGCUCCUGGAGACACCGUUGGAGAAUGUAUAACCGCAACGGUUGAGGAGGAGGAUGAGGAAGGAGUUGAGGCGGUAGUCCGGCGGAUUCUACAACAAAGAAAGUACUUAAGCUACAAAACUUUGCAGAAGCAGCCAACUUGUGAUGGUAGAAUUGCUGGUAAUUGCAUAGGGACUGUUAAUCCAAAAGGUGCAACUUGUACUUACUACCAGAGAUGCAAACGUGCCGCAUAGUUAUUUAUCUUCGUGUCUUUUUUAUAAUUGUAAUUAUGUUGCCUUUUUCUUCUUAAUUAUGUGUGUUUUAUUAAAAUGUAAAAGAUUUUUUGAUUAAAAUGUAAAAGAAUUUAAAGUAAUAAUAAGAAAGUUGGGUAGGUUAAAA